ACCCGCAGCCGCGGAAGCCCCCGGGAGCGCGUCGGGAGUCCGGCGCUGCGCGGCGCAGGGGUCCGCGAGGGCGGAGGCAGGAGGUGGAUAAAAACCCUUGCGCUGCUGUCACCGGGAGUCUCCUGCCUUCCCUCCUCACCUGCCGCCGGUACCGGGCUCUGGGCCUCCGCUCCAUCCCUGGGGGCAGCGGGCCAGCUCUGCCUGCGCCCGCGGGGGAGGGCAGCAAAGCCGCCGCCGCCGCGCUCUCGGCAGCCCCCAACUUCUCCCGGAGGCAGCGGAGCAUGCGGGCCCGGGGCUGGCGGCGGCGGCGGGGACGGCACCGCGCUGCCCGGACAUGAAGCGGCCGCCUGGAACUCCAGGUAACGCUGUCCGGGGGGGGUGGAGGAGCAGGCAUCCCUCCAGCAGCCGGGGCACGGCGGGCGGGCAGAGUCCGGAAGAGCGGGAGGCGACCGCAGCCCGGCAGCGGGCGGUGGAGACCCAGCUCCUGCCUCCUCUGCGGAACGGAGCGGCUGUGGUCGAGCCUUCCCUGGGAAGGCGGCCAGGGACCCCUCGGGGGUAGCAAUUAGCACGAAGCUAACUGCACAUACAGUCUGUGGCAAGAAGCACUGGGAGACAGCUAAGAGGCAAUGACAAUGUCUUUAACCUGGUGGACAACUCCUACUCAACUUGGGGUUUUUAAAGUGAACUGCAGAGGACUGGCAUGCCUCUUGGUCUUCACAAUGAGCGUUUGUGGCAGUGCCCCGGGGAUGUGCCCAGCAGCCUGCAUCUGUGCCAGUGAUAUCAUAAGCUGCACCAAUAAGAACCUCACUCGAGUGCCAGGAAAUCUUUAUAAAUGUAUGAAAAGGCUGGAUCUGAGUUACAACAGAAUUGGGUUUUUGGAGCCUGAAUGGGUCCCAGCACUGUUUGAGAAACUGAACACUUUAAUAAUCAAUCAUAAUAGCAUUAGCAGCAUUAUCACUGGAAGCUUUUCCACAACCCCAAAUCUGAAGUACCUAGACUUGUCGUCCAACAGCCUGAAGACGCUGAGCAGCCCUGUGUUUCAGGAGCUAAGGGUGCUGGAGGUUCUCCUGCUGUACAACAAUCAGAUUACACAAAUAGAGCCCCCAGCCUUUGGAGGAUUGUACAAAUUACAGAAACUGUACUUAAGCUAUAACUUGCUCUCGCAUUUCCCAUUGGACUUGUACACUGGAAAACAUAAGCUGAUAGACCUUGUGUUGCUGGACAUUUCCUUUAAUCACAUCCAGUUGAUGCCUGUUCAGCGCCUGAGUUCAGUGCCAGCGAAACAUCUUAGUGGAAUUUAUCUUCAUGGCAACCCAUUUUAUUGUGACUGUAUGCUGUACUCCAUGCUAAUCUUCUGGUAUCAGAGGCACUUCAGCUCGGUGAUGGACUUCAAAAAUGAGUACACCUGUUUGUUGCAAUCAGACCCAAAAGGUUACAAUAAACUGCCUUUACUGCACGAUAACUUCCUGAAUUGCUCUGAAAGCACCGUCAACAGCUCUUUCCAAGCCUUUGGGCUUAUUCAUGAUGCCCAGGUUGGUGACAGGCUGAUUGUACACUGUGACAGCAGAAUCAGUGAUGCGGGCACACACUUUGUUUGGGUUAGUCCCGACAAUAGACUGCUGGAGCCAGACAGGGAGACCAACAACUUUAAGGUGUUCCGUAACGGUAGCCUGGAGAUAACUGAUGCCCAGCUAGAGGACUCAGGGCUGUAUUCCUGCAUCGCAAUAAAUAAGAAAAGACUAUUAAAUGAGACCAUAGAGGUUAGAAUAAAUGUUAGCAAUUUCACAGUGAACAAGUCCCAUGCUCAUGAAGCAUUUAAUACAGCUUUUACCACUCUUGCUGCCUGUGUAGCCAGUAUUGUUUUAGUACUGCUGUAUCUCUAUCUGACCCCAUGUCCAUGUCAAUGUAAGGCAAAAGGGAGGAAGAGGAAGCUGAACCAAAGCAGUGCCCACUCAUCCAUACUGAAUUCCACACUGCCACAAGAGCUGCCAGCUGAUGAAAAGAAGGCUAGUACUGGUAAACGGGUGGUUUUCCUGGAACCCGUGCAUGAACCAAAACACAGUCAGAAUGGGAAAGUAAAACUGUUUCCUAAUGACAAUAUUAUUGCUGAGAGUAUCUUAAAAACUACACGAACAAAAUCUGACUCAGAUUCUGUCAACUCUAUGUUCUCAGAUACGCCUUUCAUGCCAUCAGCUUAGUUUGCUGCCUGUGUUUGUAUUGUGCAGUUACAUUUCUGAAUACCUCCUUUGCUUGUAGCAACUGUCAGGAAAAAAAUAAAAAGAAAGAAAAUGUUUUAAAGUAA